UCUUUCUAAUCCGAUUACAGCAUAUGUUUAUUUCUUAUCUAGUGAAGAGAAUCAUCUUGUUGUCCUCAAGAAAUGUUAAAUUGUAUCUUAAAUGCUGCUCCUUAUUAUGUAGAUGGUGAGCCAUUGGACCAGCACUCCUGCGAUAAGUCUUGGUAUUGAAGAGAAAGAGUGGUUGCUUAGCCUUGGGGAGAGAAUGAAGACAAGAGUAGUGGGACAAGAUUUAGCUGUUGAUGCCGUUGCAGAUGCAAUAUUGAGGUCUAGGGUUGGAUUGUGUCAAACUCGGCAGGUGAUUGGAUUAUUCCUCUUCGUGGGCUUGACAGGUGUAGGUAAGUCAGAACUAGCAAGAGCCCUUGCCGAGCAACUUUUCGGCAAUGAAAACUUGUUAAUACAAAUUAAUAUGUCUGACUAUGUUGAACGGGAGUCAGUUUCACAACUUGUUGGUUCAAUUCCAAGGUAUGCUGGCCACAUACAUGGUGAUAAUCUUAUAGAAGCUUUGCGAACAAUGCCACAUGGUGUUGUCCUAUUUGACAAGGUUGAGAAGGUCAGCAGUUCUGUUCUCCAAGCUCUCAUUCAGGUUUUUUAUCGUGGUUAUCUAAUCGAUGGGCAAGGAAGGAUGGUUGACUUCACCAACAUGGUCAUUAUUAUGACUUCAUAUGUGGGAGCCAAACACAUCCUAGCCCCAUUAAAUUUUCAAACUACUAUGCAGAGGGCUCAAGAACGAGUGAUGGUAGAGGUGAGGAGGCAUUUUAGGCCUGAGUUGCUAGAUCGUUUGGAUGAUGUCAUAAUUUUCAAUUUCCUCUCACCCAAGCGGUUGGGGAAAGUUGCUAGGCUUCACCUGAGGGAUGUAGCCAGUCAUCUGGCAGAGAGAGGUGUGGCUUUAUCUGUUUCUGAAGAUGCAUUGGACUUAGUAGCAGCUAUGGCCUAUCAUCCAGAGUUUGGCGCCAAGCCAGUAAAGUUUUGGCUGCAGAAGAAUGUGGUCACUAAGCUGUCGAAGAUGCUAAUAAGGGAUGAGAUAGAUGAGAAUUCCACAAUUUACAUUGAUGUUAUGCCAGUGCCAGAGAAUGAGGAUCUCUCUUGCAACGUAAGGGUGAAAUUGAGUCAGAAAGAGGAUCAAGACCUAUUAAAGGUGUGGCCUCAGUCUCCAUUGGCUGUUAUAAUUUUUAUAGGUAUCUGGAGGGUGUUGGUUGGUCAGCCACUGGCUAGGAAAUCUGGGAACACGUAUGUGUAAAAUGUUUGCAGGGCAUCAAGUCAAAGGGAAAUUUGUUUACACUGAUGCUCCAUCUGCAAGACAGAAGGAGUUGACAUAUAGGGUGGAGAGGAAUGGAGGCCUUGUGAAUGCCAGUAUACGGCGAGAACUGGAUAUCAUUCCAUUCAAAGGCAUUGACUCAAUCUCUUAGGUUCCUCUAUUGCUUGGUUAUGUCUAGUUAUACUCCUAUGAACUGCAAGUUGCUGCCAUAUGGCUGAAGAAGGUGGAUCUUUUGUGCACGGCGGCUGAUUAGCAUGAAUGAGAGGUUGGUAAUUUGAUGUAGUCUG